AUGAAGACUGAAGAGGCCCCCUCUUGUCUGCAGCAGGCCAUGCCAGUCCUGGGUUAUGGCUCGGAAUCGAAAAUGCGGGAGGUUUGCGCUGGUUGCAACACCCCAAUCUCAGAUCGUUUCCUGCUGCGGGUGAAUGAGCGCUCUUGGCAUGAGGGCUGUGUAAAGUGUGCUGCUUGCCUCCAGCCUCUCUCAGGCACAUGCUAUUGUCGCAACAGGCAGCUCUACUGUAAGCAUGACUAUGAAAAGCUCUUCCAGACCAAAUGCAGUGGCUGCCUCAAAGCUGUGGCUCCUUCCGAAUUCAUCAUGCGGGUGCUGGAGAACGUCUACCACGUCCACUGCUUCUCCUGCUGUGAGUGUGAGCGGCGGUUGCAGCGCGGAGAUGAGUUUGUGCUGAAGGAAGGGCAGCUGCUUUGCCGCAGCGACUAUGAGAAGGAGAGAGAAAUGCUAAGUGCCAUCAGCCCUGCACCCACUGAGUCAGUGAAGAGUGAAGAUGAGGAUGGGAGCCACCCACAUGGCAAAGGAGGAGAGGAAGGCAAGGAUCACAAGCGCUCCAAACGUCCACGCACCAUCCUCACCACGCAGCAGCGACGGGCAUUCAAGGCCUCCUUUGAAGUCUCCUCAAAGCCCUGCCGGAAGGUGAGGGAGACAUUAGCGGCUGAAACUGGUUUGACUGUCCGUGUAGUGCAGGUCUGGUUCCAGAACCAAAGAGCCAAGAUGAAAAAGAUAGCCCGCCGACAGCAGCAACAACAGCAGCAGCAGCAACAGGAGCAAGAGCAGCUGGGAAAUCCCCGUCUAGGGACAGGGAGGGGAAAUGGACGCAGCAGCAGACAGAGCAAUGAGGACAGCGAAGAUAGUGCCAGUGUGCAUGGAAUAGAUGGGCUCAUGGUACCCUACUCCAGGAUUGCCCAGCAGCAGCUGCUUCCCUUGGAUCAGAACAGCUACAGCACAGACUUGUACCGGCAAGGACUCACCCCACCCCAGUUGCCAGGAGAUCAUCUUCAUCCAUACGAUUCGGAAGGUGUUUUCCAUGACAUGGACAGCGACACGAUUGGCCAUUUGGGUGACUGCCUGCUGUCUGCGGCUGAGGCCAACCUCCUGCAAACUCGAGUGGGCAACCCUAUCGACAGGCUGUACUCCAUGCAAAACUCCUACUUCACCUCCUGACCCUUGGUUCUUCCACCUGAUAUGAGCUGCUCUGGGUGUAGAAGGGGGUGAAUGGCGUGGAGGGGCAAGACCAAUCCAUUGGGCAGAACUCGUUGGACCCCGUAACACUAAUAAGAGCCUGUGCGUGAUUAUUCCUGGGCACUGAGAAUUGAAUCAGGGUGGACCUUGCUACACUGCCUUUCCCAUGCCCCUCACCCAAUGUCCUCUCGAUGGGCAGUUUCAUAUUGUGUAGCUGUACGUCUAGCAUCGUGUUCUUUGUGUUUAAACUGCAGGGCAUUACACCUAGUUGAUACACCAAGCACAAAAGCAGGAGGUUCUAGCUCACGGUAAGGUUUCCGUGCUUUGGGGGUACUUUUUCUCAACUUUUAUUGAAAUGGGAAAUUCCCUUCUCUGGAAUGUGCUGAUGUGCAGAUUAGCCACGAAGAAAACAAAUCCCCUAAACUAAGUUAUACCAUAAGAGUAAAGAUUAAAAAUGUCGAUUAGGUCACGAUAACUGCUAGGGCUUGUCAACCCAUAAAAAUCCUGGGAUUUCUAAUUCGUGAAGUUUCGAGCUCAAAAUCCCAGCCUCCUCACAGAACGGCAAAUUAGAGGGUUCUUCUUGGAAAAUGAAGCAGUUGUUAUGUAUCAUACCUCCUCAAGUUGUAUGGACCAAUGAGAAAUGGUCUAGAUUAAGGGCGGAUAACAUUGGGAACUAUGGAUGUCGUUUGACUCUAAUCGGCUCCAAAAAAAAAACAUGGUCAGUGAUUUGUUAUGAUGAACAUCAUAAAGUUUAAGAACAUCUGGAAGGUCAUAGAUUUCCCCCUCCUGAGAUAGAUGGAAAACUGUGGUACUCAAUGUGCACUGCACAGGUUUCUGCCCAAUCUGCCUUUGAAUAUUUUAGGACCCUCCAUCCAUCUCUCUUGCUACACUUCAGCAAUGGUUCAUCCCUGAGCAAGUAUCGGACUGUUGCCUUUUCUCAUUUAUCACUUUGAUAUACCUUCUGCAGCACUGAAAACUAUCCCUCCAUACCCAUCUUUCUUCUUCAGUUUUGCUGUGGUGCUAAGACUCCCCAGCCAAUGCUGUGUCUCUUUGAUCCGAAAGAAUUUUAGAACCUGGCACCCAGUUAAAGACAUUUUUGAAAGCUAUGCAGAAUAGCUCAACUUUUCAGAUGGGCUCCUUAGGCUGAUGCUAAGGACGUUCUUCCUAGGAAUAUGACUGAAACUUCCUGAUCUCUUGAUUGCUUCUCAGCCACGGAUACUUUCCAUUGACCACCUGAGCCUAGCUGAAGACUUCAUGCAAGUUAGCCUCAGUGAUGCCCUUUCAUUGGUCAAAACAGGCUCAGCACACAUCAUAGAAAUGCUUUCUUUUUGCCACUGUAGCAUGCAAUUCUGGAUCAUUAUACCAAUAAGAAACCCACCCACCCACCAAAGGACACCCUUGUCUCCUGGACCUCUCAGCCACUUUUACAUUCUGCAAAUCUAUGGUGGAAGUAUUUUUAUUGCUGAUGAGUUACCACACCGCUGGAUAACCUAAAGCUCUGUCCUACGCCAGGAUUACUGUAUCUGAUAUACAGCAAAUGGGUCUGGCUGAAAUGAUUUUCUAAAAAAGCAGACUGUCUUUUAGGUUGGCCACCAAGUUCAGUGGUGGCCAGCCUAAAAGUCAAUGGCGCACAUAACAACGUCACCCAGCAGCUCAUUCAAAAGAUCCUAAGGGUAUAAUUAUCUAUGAAGGGCUGGGGCGGGCAAGACUUACUGUAUGAAUUUGUUGUAAACAGCUCUUUUCAUUGCAUAUCCUCUGCCCUGUUUUGAACUUUUAACUCAAGUCGCUUUCAACCAAUAAGGGGCUGCAGACAUUACAGUGAAAAACUGUCCGGAAGGCAUCGCACUGUUUAUCCCUGUCUUCAAAUAUUUAACAGGGCACUGGAGCAAGUCACAAUUGUUCACUAUUUCUUCUACUGUAGUUGAUCUUACUGGACAGCUGAACAAAGCAAACCGACUGUUGUACCUUCGUAGUCAUUCAGUAUGUGCCAGCAUCUGCUAUGUACCCAGGGACAGUUAUAUCCGAGAGGAGGAAGGGUACAGGUAAUCCACACUUAAUGAUAAACGGGUCAGGCAACUCCACCACUAAGCGAUGUGGUUGUUAAGUGAGACAUCAUAUGACUGCAAUCCCAAAGGUGCUUUUUUCAAGAGGCAACUGGACU